AAAAUCCACGAUUCUCAAUCUCCAAAUAUCAUAAUUUCCCGGCUCCCGGAUCCGACUAACUUGUUCAACGGUUCUGACUGACAAUAAAUUGGUGAGGUAAGGACACAGUAGUUGUAGACAGUACAAAUUAUCUCAGUAACCGAGUUAAAGUAUACAGAUUGAUAUAAUUUAUGCUUUUUCUGAUUUCCCGUUUUUGCUGAGAUUGUCUGUAUUGUAGAAUUGAAUCAAUAAACCUAUUAAUUUUGUUGCGUUGUUUGUUACUUGGUCACCGCUACCAUCCUAGGUGACACCGAAUCCUGUCUUCACUAAGCUGCCCUGGUAAGGUUUGUCAAUUUCUCCCUAAAAUUGGCUGGCGCUCGAGAUACUACUGCAAAGUGCUGAAGGGCAAUUGGCAGAGGCGCCAGUGACGCCAAAAAGGACGUUACAAAUAGCGCCCUAGCGAGGGACUUGAGAGGACAACGCUACAGAAUAGCUCCCGAUCUUCAGAAAACGACGCUUAAGGGUGUAAGGACUGAAGAGGAACCGAAGGUCAGUGCAACCAUUUUUUUUCUCUCUCUCUGAGUGGAAGAGAUUAUCUUCUCCUGUUGGAGGAAGAUCCGUAUAUUGAAUUGAUUUGUUACUGGUACCUAAGUAUCAGUGGACUAUAUUAAAGUGCUAUAAACAUUUCCGCGUUUGACAAUAAUUUCCUUUAUUAGCAGGAAACCGACAUAGCAUUGACAGUGUGGACAUUUAUAUCUAAAUAACUUUUUUUUGUUUUGUGUAUUGCAGGACUAGAACAAUCGACCGCCGGAUUUCUUUGUGACUUUUUCGGUUACGUGAAAGGUUACGGAAAGUGACUUUGGGGUGACACUCAGUGACUAUCUUUGUGCGCGUUGAAUACUGUUUAACGUUGAGUGGUUGGUUCAACUCGGACAGAAAACCAGUGAGUAUAAUUGAGAUACUGCUACCGAUUGUUUCAUUGUACAAUCACUGCAGCUAAUAUAGUGAUAUCAUACCGCCUUCAUAUAAUAGGGUAUUGUUCACUGCUACUAUUUACUGAUCAUCGUUUGAAUAAAGAAAGAUUUGUUGUUUUUUCCCUUACACACUAUUAUCCUGAGCAACUUUAUUCCAGGUUGAAACAAGGUAGGGAUAUAAAAGUCAUAAGGACUUGGAGAUAUUUACUUGUGAUUUUAUUUGCUUUUGAACCAUAAUAGCUGAUUUCUGAUAAAUAAAGUUGACUUGUGUUUUUAUUAUUGCUGCAACAGUGAAUAUAAGUUUUUGUUGCUGUGUAUUCCUUAUUUCUGAGUUUACUGAUUGCCUGAAACAUUUUUAUUUUGUGUUGAAUUGCUGAAGAAUUUUUGAAACAAGUGAUUAUCGUUAUUGAUUUGAAUAAAGACUUGCAUUGAUUUUCUUUGUCUGAUAUUCCAGGAUUGCUGAAUUGUUUUUGAUUUAUUUGAAAUAUAUUUUGACUGUGAAUAAAAUUGACAACUUGUUAUUUUUGAGAUUAUCUGAUUGCUAGAACUGUCAACUGUGUUUGACAGUGAACAUUAUUUGAACUACUCGGUUAACCCUACUUUUCUUUUCUGGGUUUGUGAGUUAUUUUGAAAUUGUCAACUGCGUUUGACAUUGAAUAUUUAGUUUCUUCUGGAAAUUGUCAACUGUCUGACAUUGGAAAAUUUUUUUUGAGAAUCAUAAUAAAUUUAAAACAACUUGUUUUCUGAAAGUUUUCUCAUUUUUGAUUUUCUUUGACUGUAUCAAACAAUAAUUCAAACUUGAAUAGAUUCUGUUAUCAACUUGUAAUUUUUCAGCAUUAUUGUCUAUUAGUGUUAUUUUUGUGCGAGGGUUAAGGGAAAAAUAAGGACUGUUACCGGGAAUAGUGAAGUUGGGGAAAGUGUUCGGACUUCAACGGUUAAUAAGAAGAGGACAGUGUCGAAUAACUUCGAUAGAUUUCAAAUCGAUUGUUUGAGUUUGGACUUCAACGAUUCAAUCACAUAACCUCAACAUGGAUGUGAAUCGACUAUUGAAUGAUGAGCUGACUUAUGAGUUACAGCUGAGAGGACAAUUAAUACCCAGCACAGUAAUGCUAAAGAGGAGUUUAUUACGACAGGUAUUGAAAUUGAAUUUGCCUCUACAGCCGACAGGAAUGAACCCGACACUGGACAUGGAGUCAUGUCAGAACAAACUCACCGACUUGCUGGAAGCCAUUCAACACUUUGACACUGAGAACACCACGAAGGAAUAUACUCGGAUUUCAACAAGAUUAAUACACAUUCAGAGAAGACUGAAUUUUAUUAUCACUAAAAAUGAAACCGAGUCACAGAUGAUAGAACACUUAAAGGAGACUGCAGCUCGGGCCUUGAGUUCAUUGGAGGCAACGUUGACUGCUGACAGACAGCAACCAUCAACCCGACCGGAUGGAUCGCUUUUGGAGGCAGAGAUUCCACAGUCGCCUGAGAUGUCUCCCAUUCAACCAACCAAGGUUGCACAACUGAAGACAUCACUGAUAGAUUUGGAAGAUGAUGAACUCCCACUGCCAACUGCCCAGGUCUCCCAUACUGCAACACCUGCAAAUAAGUCAAGAUUAGUUCAAGUUUUGAAUGCAACAAGACAGGAAUGUGAGAAGUUACUACAGAAUUUACCAACGAUGCCUAUUCCUCAACCACAACAGCCGAAUAUGAAUCAACCAGAGGCAUCAACUCAUAGUCGAUGGACCAGCUCUAUGAGAAGGGUGUCAUUUCCCGAUUUGAAUGAACCCAUGAUGAAUCUGAACCAGCUGAUGACACCGACUACUGCCCAACAAGGAUCUGAACCACGACCGAUGCCGACCUCAACUAUACCCAUCCAUAAAUGGAAUAUUUACUUUGAUGGGACUGAUAGUGUGAUUGGAUUUAUAGAAGAGAUAGAGAGACUUGCUGAAUCCCGAAAGACAUCCUUAGAACAUGUGUUCGAAUCGAUUUACGAACUUCUGCGAAAGGAUGCCAAAGAUUGGUUCAUCCCCCGGAGGGGACUCUUCAGAAACUGGGACGACUUCAAGACUCAAUUAAAAGAGGCAUUCUUACCAGUCAACUAUGAAGAAAACCUACUGGAUGAAAUCAAGAAGAGGAUGCAAGGUCCUGAUGAGAAGUUACUACUGUAUGUUACCCGGAUGCAAAAUCUGUUCCAGAAGCUGACCUGUAAUCGUCCCACGGAGAGUGAACAGAUUCGACUGAUAAGACAGAGGUUAUUGCCAUCACUGCAACAGGCCUUGGCCUUCCAGGAGACGACCACCUACGAUGAACUCCUGAAAAAGGGAAAAGUUUUUGAAAUGGUUCAAUGGCAGAUGGGACAUUAUACCAAACCACCGGUUAAACCCAGCCUCAUCGAUGAACCACAUCUAACAUAUCAUCAACGUCGUCAACAGGACUACCCGGCCAACCUCUCUGCAAUUUCGGAGAAUACUAGACAACGAAACCACAGUACUCGUCAGGAAGCUCCCACACCAUCUCCAUCUCCGAAGAAGGGCCCGUCAAGACCGCUAACCACAGCCAGAAGGAUAGAAGACUGGAAUUGCUCAGUAUCCUCUGGACCAGAUCGUCCCCAUCUGCCCUCGAGGCCACCGGAAUACUCGACCAACAGAACAGGAAAUGCCAACACCUCCCAGGAUCGGAAUGGAUCACCACCGGAGCGAAGAGUGUCCUCCCAGACACAAUGCUUCAGAUGCGGGGGAUAUGGCCACCUACGUCGAGACUGCCGAGGGACACCGAAAAUGUUUUGCUCCCGAUGUCAACGAGAGAAUAUCCUCUCACGAGACUGCCCAUGUCCUCAAAACCGGAGAGGAACGACACCGUCAACUUCAGCGGGAUUCCUAACUACAGUGAUUCCUAUCGUUAGCAACGACAGCUGGCCUCUGGUAGAAGUGCACAUUGAAGGAAAGUUAUUCCAUGCAUUGAUAGACACUGGUGCGGCAAAGAGCUGCUGUAGUCAGAGGGUGGCCCAGCUGUGUGAAAGAAACGGAAUCAAGGGAGAAAAAUCAACAACUGAAGCUGUCAUGGUAGCGAAUGGACAAACUACAGCCAUACCGAAGAUGUAUCACCUUGGAAUGGUGAUAGCCGAUUAUGCCCUGAAUAACAUAGAAUUCUUACUUGUACCCAACUUACCAGUCGACUUAAUCCUGGGAAUAGAGAUGCUGAAGACAUACAACUUCUCCCUGGAUAUCAAGAACACAGAAUGUUAUCUGGAAGGACGACGGAUCCCCAGAGCUAAACAGGUUAGCCAAGAGGUCAUAGAGGUGCAGACUCCCGAAAAACACCUCCAGAACCGAAGAGGAUCCCACAACAGACUUGCUGAGAGCCCGUUGAGAAAUCAAUUACCGACACUUAACUGUGUCCAACUGAAAGAGACAGGUAUUCAAUGUAAGUGGUACAAAAAUAAGUUUCAGGAAGUAGAGAAAGGACCAGAACACUGCCCCGACUAUUCCAUCAUCGAUGGAAGACUACACCGACACUUUUGGGAUUCAUCAGAUGCCAGGGAAGCUGGAACAGGCCAACCAUGGAAGCUGUGUAUACCCACCGAACAGAGGACCAAAGUACUGAAAGAAAACCACGACUCUGCUGGACAUCUGGGAAUAGCUAAGAUGAUUGCGAAGAUCUCGCGGAAUUAUUACUGGCCAGGUAUGUUUAGGGACAUUGCGAAAUAUGUCCGGAACUGCACUUCGUGCCAAAAGUUCAAAGUACCCCAACAGCAACUGGCAGAAAAGAUGCAACCUCGAAAGAUGGUGGAUGCGCCGCUCAAGGAAGUACCGGUGUUAAGGAGGAGAACAACGACGGAGAUGCGGAUGCCCAGAACCCCCCAGAGCUCGGUAUCGUCGGUUAGAGGGAGAAAUUACCUAGCCGGAGUGGAGAGAGUGAUGAAGAGGACCACUACGCAAUCUACACAGACCCCCCCUUUGUGCCAGCUGCGGGCCAAUCAAACCACACCGGCCCCAAGGAGCGUUCGUAUUGUAGGUACGAUGGGAAAUAAAGUGUACCUAGAGGUUAGGCCCAACACUUGCUGGAAGUGCGGCAAGACAUGUCCCUCGCGGCAGGAGUGUCGAGGUCGACCACUCCUAUUCUGCAGCAGAUGUGGUUUGAUAGGUACGCAGACAAGGUACUGCGAAUGCGUACCCAGGAAACUGGCCCCACGGCCGACAGCAACUAGGUUGACUCCAGAACAACUAGCCCUGCGUCCGUGUGCAAGAUGCACAGAGAGAGAAGCCACGCAGCGGAGAGAAGAGAGAGCAAGCAAAUGAGAUAGAAUUAAAAAGAAGAUACCGUUGUUUUUGUUCCUAAUCCUGUAAACUGUGUAAAACCAUAUAGGGCCUAACCCAAUAUCUUAUAACAUUAUAUUCAAGACUAGUA